CUAAUUUUACGUGGAUUUAAACGGCAUUAUUCAUGGGAUCGCAUAGCAAACUCUGACGCGUACCAGCGCCCAAUUGCAGUGUGAAGUCUACUCUCUUGAUAUAAAGGCGGGCCCAUCUCGCAAAGCCUAUAGUAAUUAUUCUUGUUCUAGUGGUUACCUACCCCGACGGCCCCGGACCUACUACGUAGCUCCGACUUCAUUACGUUGUCAGGGCGACAUGUUUUUUCUUUCCACCACGUGGGUCCUUAAUGUGCUGCCUAAGAAAUGGCGGAAGGUCCAACCGGAAACAGAAACGUCGAGCUCGACGCACUUGGUUGUAGACGUCAAUGAUAAUGAACGCCCGAUCGACCUUACAAAAAAACUUGUCAAGCAAUUGGCGUAUGCUACUGCCCAGGGUAGUUUCGGUGAUGUAUGGAGAUGCGUAUUCUCGGAAAAGGAUUAUAGCGUGGAGGUAGCGGUUAAAUGUGUAAGGAUCGAAAUCCAGGAUGACCAUUUCAAAGAUAUCGUCAACAAGAGGUUGAUGGACGACUUCCGCAAGUGGAAACCACUGCGCCAUGAUAACAUUCUUCCUCUGUGCGGGAUUACCUACGGGUUCGGUCCAGUACCAGCCAUCGUAUCUCCAUGGAUGCCCAACGGAUCCUUGAGCACGUAUCUUGAUAGAAACUAUGACAUACUCUCUGGAGCCGACAAAUUCGGUUUGCUUGCUGAUGUAGCUGCUGGUCUUCAAUAUCUCCACUCAAAUGAAGUGGCCCAUGCAGAUCUCACAGGUAGCAAUGUACUCAUCGAUAGUGACGGAAAAGCUCUUGUAGCAGACUAUGGGCUUUUAACUACCUGCUCCGACCUGAACGGGACCUCUUACAUCAGGAGUAACGUACGAUGGGCUGCACCCGAGCUUUUCGAAGUUCCGGACACCGAGGAUGUAUCUAGCUCACCAAAACUAGAAAGCGAUAUCUAUUCAUUCGGAUGCAUCGCAUACCAGGUUUUAUCUGGCCGGCAGCCGUACAGUAAUAUUCGCAGUGAUCACCAGGUGGUUGUGGCCAUCCUCAAGGGUGUCAAGCCCAAGCGUCCAGACAUCCCUGUCAUUGAAGACUGUCACUGGAACUUCAUCGAGCAAUGUUGGGUUGAGUUAUCACAGCGACCUCCCAUUGCUGAUGUCCUAGAUUUAAUGUAUCGCUAUAGAGAUGCUAUGUGUUGACUCAUGUUUUCGUAUCAGACAAGUACUAUGGCCAUCGACUUCUUGGGAUUCCUUGCACAUUUAAUGAAGGCUUCUUCGAUUUAGAAGAACCAACUUGGGGGAUCCAUAAUUUGACCGCCAAAAUCCGAGGCUUGCAAUAUUGCCAAUCCAUAUCUAGGUCGUGUGUUUACAAUUGUGGCAGUAUGGGCGUUCAAUUUGUCUCCUGCAAGUGACAUACGGAUCAUACAGGUUACUUGUGUUCGAGCAACGUGUUAUGUCUCACAAAGCACCGCAAAAGUCGCCCGCAAUAUGGUCAUGCAUGGUGUAAUAAUCACGGGCCGUUUUGUAGCAAACAAGUCAAAUUACACGGUCAUAACGUGCAUUUCAACGGAAAUUGAAACGUUGUAUUCGAGCUA